AUGAAGGGUCAAAGCAGCUUGAAAGCUGGGUCUCCCAGGGUUGCUGCUACACCAGAACUAGGCAGCGUGUAUUGGGGUAGCGCAGAUGUUUUCGUAUUAAGCAGUCUCGAGUAUGAUGCUCACCCGAACGUGGCUGACCCGAACGUGGCUGACCCGAACGUGGCUGACCCGAACGUGGCUGACCCGAACGUGGCUGACCCGAACGUGGCUGACCUGAACGUGGCUGACCUGAACGUGGCUGGCGAACCGACUCUCCAGCAACGCACGUCUAGCGCAUAA